AUGUUAAACGCCCCCUUCGUACUCUCCUUCACUCUGCUACUUACAGCACCGCUUUUGUUUCUCUUCUCCCCUCGGAGCCUCCCUCCCAAACGCCUCCUGAUUUCUCUCCCCGACAAGAUAGACGAUGCUUCACUUUUCCGGCGAGCAAUCCUCUCUUCAGUCCAACCUCGUCAACAUGUCUCCCGCCUUGGAACCACCGACGCAAAACCCAAAAUCGCCUUCCUAUUUCUCACCAAUACCGAUCUUCACUUUGCCCCUCUCUGGGAAAAGUUCUUUGAUGCUCGUAAAUAUAGGCAACGAGAUCUGUAUAAUAUUUACGUCCAUGCUUACCCAAAAUCGAACGUCAAAUCUCCCGGCGGUGUAUUCGAAAACCGCUUCAUCGCUGCUAAAAAAACGCAGAGAUCCUCUCCAACACUCAUUUCCGCCGCUCGCCGCCUCCUCGCCACCGCCAUACUCGACGACCCUUUAAAUUCCUACUUUGCCCUCGUCUCCCAAACGUGCAUCCCUUUACAUUCCUUUCGUUACAUGUACCAAACGCUCUUCCGACGACCCACCGAGUCGACCCGGGUUUCGACUCGACUUAGCUUCAUCGAAGUGUUAUCGGAGGAACCCCAACUGUGGGACCGAUACAUCGCUAGAGGCGAAAACGUCAUGCUGCCGGAGAUCCCUUUCGAUAAAUUUAGGGUUGGAUCGCAGUUCUUCAUUUUGACUCGGGCUCACUCGUUGAUGGUAGUCAAGGACCGGAAGUUAUGGAAGAAAUUCCGGUUGCCAUGUUUAAACGUCGAUACUUGUUACCCGGAGGAGCAUUACUUUCCGACACUUCUGUCAAUGAAGGAUCCGAAACGAGUUAUUCUCCCCGGAUUGCUUGCCGGCGUUGAUGGAUAUGGCAGACGGCGUCAUUUUCCGGGACUGAUACCGGCUAGAGAGGUUUAUGAAUGUGAUAUUGGAAAUUGGAAACUGGAAAUCACACUCUACGCAUCGUAUCUCCUCUCCACACUCUCUCGAAAAUCGGGGGAAAAAGUUUGUUUUCGUCUUCAAGGGUAA